AUGUCCUCAAAUACAGCAACAGGAUCGCUCGCUACAAACGUUGCUGGUGAUGAAGCGGCAGCUCUUCGUCGCAAAGCCGCAGAAAAAUGUCAAGUCGUCUUAGAAGGUCUACACGAUUCGUUUGAUGGUUAUAAACAAUGUGCUGCCGAUACGAAAGAUACAGCGAUGCGAUUACUCUUUGAUAAAAUUGCAUUGAGUCGAGCUGAUCUCAUUUCUCAAUUAUCUAAUUCAAUUCGCGUCGAUCUAGGUGUUGAACCUGUUAAAUCAGGCUCAGCACUUGCCGCUGCUCAUCGAACAUGGAUUGAUGUUAAAGCAUGGUUUACUGAUGGUCGGGACAAAUCAGCAAUUGUUUCCGAAGUACACAAAGGUGAAGCUGUGCUCAUCAAAUUAUACGAAACAGCUAUCGAGGAUCAAGAUAUCUUACCCAAAGUUCGUGAUCUGCUAUUUGAACAAGUCAAAAUAGUCAAGGAACAAAAUGCAUCUGUUGAUGCUCUCUAG